AUGGGCAUCGCGUUAGACCAGCAAAGUCUCCAGGCCGCCUUCCAAGGUCGUCCUGAUCUCCAAACCGCAAUCCAAAAAGCUGCAGUCGGCGAUGCAUACAUCGAAUUGUUCAAUCAAAUCUCUCUCCACAUCACCAGCCUCGCUGUCCCAUCCUCUUCAGAACCAGCGUCCAAAAAGCGCAAACUAGAUGACGGGCCCCCAAAUAUCACAAACAGCCAUGCCAAAACUGCAAAUGGAGCAGCAGCAAGCGGCAACGAUCCCGUACUCCUCGAAGUAAAAGACAUCUCAGUCGUGAUACCCCAGCGCAAGAAAUACACGCUCUGCUUCACGGCCUCGCACCUCUAUGCGCGGUUACCAGACUCCAGUGAACCAGUUGCUGGCAUCAGUUUUGCGUGGAAAGAUAUCGAAUACGCAUUCCGCCUGCCCGUUCCCGAAAAGACCCAAAAACAACACAACUACAUCCUCUUUCCACGCUCCUCCUCUAUAACACCCUCCAAGCCCACCUCAUCCAUUCCCGACCCCAUCGUCUUCACAGUCCCGGACACAGCGCCCAAGCCUGGUACCAUCACCGGCAAAGAUGCAGCUGCUGUAUCUGAUGACUACAAGACUUUAUUCGAUUGGGCUAUCACUUCACGGCUGAAGGCUGUAGGCAAUAAUGUGAAGAUUACACAGGCGGACGAGAAGCUCUUUGCUAGCGAAUUGAGGCAACCCCAUCGACCUGGUGAGAAGGCUGUGUUUGUGAAGGGGUUCCGGGGUUCAAAAGAUGGGUACCUUUUCUUUCUACCUAAUGGUAUAUUAUGGGGUUUCAAGAAACCCUUGCUAUUUCUACCGCAUGACAGGAUUUCGGCGGUCAGUUAUUUGAAUGUUUUGCAGCGGACUUUUAAUAUGAACGUGGAGGUGGGGAUGGAGACUAGUUCGGAAGGGGACGAGGAAGCAGUAGAAGAGUUUGAGUUCGCGAUGUUGGAUCAGGAGGAUUUUGGUGGUAUCGAUGCGUUUGUCAAGAGGCAUGGACUGAUGGAUAAGAGUAUGGCGGAGCAGAGGAAGGCCAAGAGGCUGAAUGUCAACGUGGUGAAGGAUGAGGAGGGCAAUGUGGUCGGGCAUGCUGAAUCUGGCGAGCUUGAACGAGCGGCUGCUGAGGCGGAACAGGCUGCUAUGGACGAGGAGGAUGAAGAAGAAGAGGAUUACGACCCGGGGAGUGAUGGAGAGAGUGAGGGUUCGGGAAGCAGCGACGACGAGGAUAGUGAUGCUGAAGGUGGUGGUGAUGGGGUCGAGGAAGAUGAUGAAGAUGAUGAGGCUGAAGAUGAAUCAUGA